AUGCUUGUCAGCAUCAAUGCCUUGAAACUCUCCAUGUCAGAGAAGUGCUCCAGCUCCCGAGACAGGACUGCCCUGCCGCAGUCACUCUGUGGUGACGACUCUGAGGACUUCCCAGAGCAGCAUCUGGAGGGCAACAUUGUGAGGAGAACCAAAUCCUCUGUCUUCCAGGAGAGAGCCCAGUGCAGAGCUGAGACCAAUGUCAACAACCGCUUCCCUCCGCCCCUCCGAUCCCCGGGGCAGAGCAGCGCGUCCCCUCCGGGUGUUCCCGGCUGCAUUCCAGGGGAGAUCCCCUGUGGGGUGUCGGCUGUGUCCCCGCCCCCCCUCUCCCAUGGGGCACCUCCCCGGCCGCUCUAUAAGGGGUGGCGGCGGCGGCACCGGCUGCGCUAUGGGGAGCGGGUGGUGCGCCGCGCCCGCCGCGCCCGCCGCCCCGGUGCCCCGCCGCCGCCCUUCCCCAACGGCUGGUACCGGCUGCUCGACUCGGAGCAGCUGCCCCGCGGCGCCGCCCGCAGCCUCGCCCUGCUCGGAGAACAGCUCGCUGCGUUUCGCACCCAGGAUGGCCAGGCCUUUGUGGUGGAUGCUUACUGUCCUCACCUUGGAGCCAACCUGGCUGCUGGUGGCCGCGUUGUGGGCAACUGCAUCGAGUGCCCGUUCCAUGGCUGGCGCUUUCGGGGAGAAGAUGGAAAAUGCACCAGCAUCCCCUAUGCUGGAAAAGUGCCAGACUUGGCGAGGGUCCGGACAUGGCCGUGCUGCGAGGUGAAUGGGAUGCUGCUGGUCUGGUAUCACUGCGAGGGGCUCAGGCCCACGUGGGCAGUGCCUGAGCAGCGUGAGAUCAUCACCAAGGAGUGGGUGUUCCGUGGGCAGACGGAGCACUUUGUUGAUGCACACAUCCAGGAAAUCCCAGAGAAUGCAGCUGACUCGGCUCACCUGGCUUUCCUCCAUGGACCAGCCAUUCUGGGCGGAUCUGACCUGAGAUACACGAGGUCCAAGCUGUGGGAUUUUAUGAAGCACAACUGGAAGGCAGAGUGGUGGCCGGAGCCAGAGCCCAACAAGCAUUGCUCCCGGAUGCUGCUGCAACACACUGCAACCUUUUUUGGGAAGCAUUUCUCCCUGAUGGAUUUGACAGUUUCAGCCAGGCAGGUAGGGCCAGGACUGGUUUUCCUGCUCUUUGAACACACUUUCUUGGGCCGUGGGAUCAUCCUGCAGACAGUGACACCCCUGGAGCCUCUCCUGCAGAAUGUGGUCCACAAAAUCUACUACCAGAAGAACAUUCCAGCCAUAAUCCCCAAGUUCAUCCUGAGAGCAGAGUGCAUCCAGUUUGAGCGGGAUAUAACCAUCUGGAAUAACAAACAGUACCUGCCCAAGCCACUACUCAUCAGGGAGGACUCCAGCAUCCAGAAGCACCGGCGCUGGUAUUCCCAGUUCUACAGUGAGAAGAACACAAGGCCCCCUGCGCCGAAGGACCUGGAGUGGCAGGCCCAGUGUUGCUUUAACCUGCUGAGGGGAGAAUGA